UGAUUGGCAAUGUGAACAAAAUUCUGAAUAUAAGCCUAAUAUAUAAUAGCCUAAUAUAUAAGUUAGAAAAAACGUGAUGACAUUGAAGAGGGCAUUGCAUGCCUUUGUGCUAGUUGCUGCCGUCUUUAGCAGGGUGGAAACAACAGGAAUUUGUGGUGAUGUGGCCAUUAGGAGCCAUUGGUCAGAUUGUGGAAAAUUCGUCGAAUGCGGAGGAAACGUUUCCGUUGUGUUCAAAUGUCCCGAUCGGAGUUUUUUCAAUCCAAAAACUCUUGUUUGCGAUUUUGCAAUGUAUCAUACGUGCAACGUAGAACAUAUAACAGAUCCGGAGUUAUAUUCAUCUCAAAACAUACUCGAGGCUGCCGUGGGAGUAAUAUCUACUCGUACCAUUUGCAACGAUCAGCCUUUAGGCACCAAAAUAAGACAUCCGGACAAUUGUGAUCAGUUCUACCAUUGUGCUCCAUCCGGUCCAGUUCUGUUCACUUGCCCGUCACCAACCCUCUUUAACUACGUUACCAACGUUUGUGACUGGCCUGAGAACGUUGAUUGUGUUGGUGGUGGUGGUGGUGGCGGCGACGGUGGUGGUAUUGAUGGAGAUGGAAACUGUCCGGCUAAUUGUAUUGAGGAUAAUCGUUGCCCAAUAGAGUGCGAAUUCGAGACAGGAAUUAAAUUACCACAUCCCAGUAGAUGUGAUGCAUUCUUACGGUGUCACCAAGGAUGCGCUUGCUUCAAAUUCUGCGAUACAGGCCUCUGGUGGAGUACAGAAUUGCAGCGAUGCGUAGAUCGAUACCGUUCUGACUGCGUAGAGGUAGAACGCCCUGAGUGUCCCGAAUGUGAACCGGAUGAACGUUGUCCCCUGGAUGACGAUCCGGACAAUCCUAUUCGAUUCCCAAUUCCUGACCGUUGUGACGCAUACAUACAGUGUGUCAAUGGAAGAGGUUGUGUCGUGGAAUGCCCAGCUGGGCUCGAGUUCAAUCCUGAAACUGAAGUGUGCGACAUUGAGGGAGAAUGCGUGAUUACGACUCCAAAUACUACACCCCCAGACCCUGACACGACCACAACUCCAAUCACUACAACAACCACACCUGUCACGACUACAACUCCAAUCACUACAACAACCACACCUGUCACGACCACAACUCCAAUCACUACAACAACCACACCUGUCACGACCACAACUCCAAUCACUACAACAACCACACCUGUCACGAUCACAACUCCUAUCACAACAACAACUACCACGUCGGAUUGCCCAACAUGUCCACCUGGCGUCUGCAAGCCUGAUGACCGAUGUCCAAUAAGCUGUAACGAAUGUGAACCAGUUUUGCUACCACACCCAGACGACUGUGGAAUGUUCCUUAAAUGUAGUCAUGGAUUCGCUUGCGAAAUGCGGUGUCCGGAUGGACUCCAUUGGAGUAUACAACAGAACCGAUGCGAAUGGGCACAUUGCGCUGGCUGCGACCCAACAAUUCCACCUUCAUGUGAUUGUGGCGGUUGUCCGUGAUCUCAAUUAUUGUGAUGAAAUGAAAUUCAGUUGGAAUGAUAAUAAUAAAUAAUUGAAUUGAAUGAAAA